CGCGGCGCGGCCGCCGCCGGGCCGCCGUGCCGGUGGAUGUCAAAGGCUGGCGCGGCGGCGGCGGCACAGUAUAACUCGUGGGGCUGCCGCGGCCAUGGCCACAGCCGCCUCCAACCCCUACGGCCUGCUGGGCGCCGGCGCGCUCGCCCACGCCGAGGGCGCGGGCAUGCAGCAGGGCAGCCCGUUCCGCAGCCCGCAGAAGCUGCUGCAGAGCGAGUACCUGCAGGGCGUCCCCGGCAAUGGGCACCCGCUGGGGCAUCACUGGGUGACCAGCCUGAGCGACGGCGCGCCCUGGCCCGCGGCGCUGGCGGGCGGCCCGCUGGAGCAGCCCGACGUGAAGCCGGGCCGCGAGGACCUGCAGCUGGGCGCCAUCAUCCACCACCGCUCGCCCCACGUCUCCCACCACUCGCCCCACGCCAACCACCCCAGCGCCUGGGGCGCCAGCCCGGCGCACAGCGCCUCGCUGGCCGCCCCCCCCGCCGCCGCCGCCGCCGCCGCCGGGCAGCCCCUGAGCGUGUACUCGCAGGGCGGGUUCGCGGUGGGCGGCAUGCUGGAGCACGGCGGGCUCACCCCGCCGCCCGCCGCCGCCGCCGGCCAGGGCUUGCACCCGGGGCUGCGCGGAGAGGCCGGCGGCGAGCACGGCGAGCUGGGCGGCCACCACUGCCAGGACCACUCGGACGAGGAGACGCCGACCUCGGACGAGCUGGAGCAGUUCGCCAAGCAGUUCAAGCAGCGCCGCAUCAAGCUGGGCUUUACCCAGGCCGACGUGGGGCUGGCGCUGGGCACCCUGUACGGCAACGUCUUCUCGCAGACCACCAUCUGCCGCUUCGAGGCCCUGCAGCUCAGCUUCAAGAACAUGUGCAAGCUGAAGCCGCUGCUGAACAAGUGGCUGGAGGAGGCCGACUCCUCCACCGGCAGCCCCACGAGCAUCGACAAGAUCGCGGCGCAGGGGAGGAAGAGGAAGAAGCGGACCUCCAUCGAGGUGAGUGUCAAGGGCGUGCUGGAGACGCACUUCCUCAAGUGCCCCAAGCCGGCCGCCCAGGAGAUCUCCUCGCUGGCGGACAGCCUGCAGCUGGAGAAGGAGGUGGUGCGGGUCUGGUUCUGCAACCGGCGGCAGAAGGAGAAGCGCAUGACCCCUCCGGGCGAGCAGCCGCAGCACGACGUGUACUCGCACGGCGUGAAAACGGACACGGCCUGCCACGACCUCUGACCGCGGGCUGCAUCCCGGGACUGCCCGCUAUGGGCUUUAACUUAUGCUUUCGGGAGACGCGGCGAGGGGGUCCCCGCCCGCCGCCGCCUCGGCAAUAUUUUUUUUUUUCCUCUCUCCGACCUUUCCGCUGGUCACACACGGUGUUUACUCGCAGACGAGGUUUGUUUUCGGUCUCCGCUAGGACGAAGGGAAAAAAAAAA